CUGACAGAAGGCACUGUGGCCACAUACGCUUGCGAGCGGGGCUUCGAACUUCUCGGACCUUCUAGAAGGCUCUGUGAUAAAAACGGCAAAUGGACCCCCGACGGGAUACCAUUCUGUGUAUUAAAUGUAGCGGCCGGGAAGGCUCCUAUGCAGAUAUCUACGGAGGAUGGAGGUGUUCCUCAAAGGGCGCUAGAUGGCAGCACCGCGGCGGCGUUUAACGCUGAAACAUGUACCCUCACUAAAACUGAAAGAGUUCCGUGGUGGUACGUAAACCUACUCGAGCCAUACAUGGUGCAACUUGUACGCCUCGACUUUGGGAAACCCUGCUGUGGUGUGAACAAACCGGCGGUCGUGGUCGUGAGAGUCGGUAAUAAUCGGCCCGAUCUCGGUACGAAUCCGAUUUGCAACCGAUUCACCGGUUUCCUUGAAGAAGGCCAGCCUUUAUUCCUGCCAUGCAAUCCUCCGAUGCCGGGAGCAUUCGUCAGCGUUCAUUUGGAAGGCUCGAAUCCUAGCCAGCUAUCUAUUUGCGAGGCUUUCGUUUAUACGGACCAAGCGCUGCCGAUAGAGAGAUGCCCUCAGUUUAGAGACCAACCGCCCGGCAGUACUGCUACUUAUAAUGGAAAAUGCUAUAUAUUCUACGACCGACAGCCAGCUGACUUCCGAGAUUCUCUCGGAUUCUGUCGUUCAAGAGGCGGUACUCUAGUGGAUGAGAGCAAUCCAGCUUUACAAGGAUUCAUCAGUUGGGAACUAUGGAGACGACAUCGGAGUGACAGCAGCAGUCAGUAUUGGAUGGGCGCUGUUCGUGAUCCCCAGGAUCCUGCUAAUUGGAAGUGGGUGAACGGAAAUGACGUCACUGUGUCUUUCUGGAACGCUCCCGGCGGGACGGAAGGCUGCGCCAGGUUCGACGGCAGCAAGGGCUGGCUUUGGGCAGACACGGACUGCCAAUCGAAACUAAACUAUAUCUGUCAACACCAGCCUAAAGCGUGUGGUCGGCCCGAACAGCCGCCGAAUUCGACCAUGACGACUGAAAGUUUCGAUGUCGGAGCUACAGUUGAAUACUCGUGUGAUGAAGGUCACCUGCUGGUCGGACCUACCGUCCGAACUUGUAUGGACACCGGCUUUUACGACGAGUUCCCACCAGUCUGUAAAAGGAUAGAAUGCGGUUUCCCAGCGGAUAUAGCCCACGGUGGCUAUAAACUGAUGAACUCAUCAGUGUCUUACCUCUCGCACGUUCAGUACGAAUGUGACGAUGGCUAUGAGAUGGUGGGUAGAUCGAGACUCGUCUGUGAUAUUGAUGAACGUUGGAACGGACCGCCGCCUAGAUGUGACGCAGUGGUCCAAUGCGAACAGCCGCCUCAAGUAUUAAACAGUCGCGUCUCGAUUACGAAUAAUGUUUCCGUUUUUGGAGCUUUCGCUGAAUAUACGUGCUUUAAAGGCUAUAAGAUGCAAGGAGCGCGUAAAAUAAAAUGCCUAGCAACAGGAGUUUGGGAUAAACCUGCGCCUCAAUGUCUUGCUGAAGAGCGUCCUACAACUACUACUACUACUACUACAACGACUACUACUACAACAGAAGUCCCUACAACUAUUACUAUUCCUACAACACAAUUACCAACCAGUCCUCGUUUAAUAUUACCUACCAGAAGACUCCCAAGACCGUCAUCACCGAAUCCAUUCGUGACUCCCGAACCUUCCAAAACAAGGCCGAGACCGAAAUUCACGACUACCGAAAGAACUACAACUAAAUCAUAUGAUAAACCUCAAAGGAAAGUCACAAUUCCCGACUCACAAGAAAGUUCGUCGAGUCACGUGCCUCACAUCAUAGUGGCUAGCCAUCCGAGGGAGAACCAGGUAUUCGGAAAUGGAAAUAAUAUAAGGGCGGAACAGACUCCUCGUGUGAAUAUUCCUCAGCCUGUUGACGGAGAGAGGAGAGAGACACUUGGAGCUCGACUUAAUAUAGGCGCUGUGGUUGCUUUAGGAGCCUUUGGAGCGCUUGUAUUCCUAAUAGCAAUCAUCACAACAAUCGUCAUAUUAGUCAGGAGCAGAAAUAAAUGGCUAAUACCCACCAGUGGCGGCAAGCGUCAGAAGGCUGUUCGCGAGCUGCCUCCUCGCUGGUACACGUUGCUAGCGCUCCCCUUCCCCGACCAGCAGGUAGGGAGGAGGGAGAAACAUAAUGAUGGUAAGCGCUACAGGCAUCACGUGUCGCCGGAUUGUAAUACAGUGGCGUCUCUGGAUUCUUCAUCAUCAGAAUCAAGGAGUGGUUUGAAUAGAUAUUAUCGCCAAGCGUGGGAGGAAUUACACGAGGCUACGGGAGCGAAACACGCAAAUAGACGUCAUGAGCGAGAAACUCCUAAAGACGGUUCUGAGCUAGUUAUAUCAGAUGUAUAUCAAACAGAACACAGAGACAAAAGACGCCAUCAUCAUCAUCAUCACCGACACCAAGACUGGCAACCAUCACACCGCCCCCACCACAAACAUAAACCUAGAUACUAA